AUGGAUGAGCUGAAGAUGGCCUUUGUUGGUGCACUCGAACACUACAGAACAUCCAACAAAUUCCUUCCGUCGCACAUUAUUGUGUAUCGUGAUGGAGUGGAAGACGGCCAACUACACAGUGUUGUCAACUAUGAGAUCAAUAAGAUCACUGACUCCUUCAACUCCAUGGGACAAGGCUACAUGCCCAAUCUGAGUGUGGUAGUAGUGAACAAGCGCAUCAGCUGCAGGUUCUUUAAGCGCACAAAAAAAUCUAAGAAGCGAAUCAACCCAGGGAACAACUUCUAUCUUGUCAGCCAAGCUGCCGACAUUGGAAGCGUGUCUUCAACUCACUACAAUGUCGUUUAUGACCAGAGCGGACUAGAGCCUGAUGAUUUUCAGUUGCUCACCUUCAGGCUUUGCCAGUAUGCCCACAAAUUGGCCUUUCUUGUGGGUCAAAGCAUCCACAGGGAGCCCAACAUCAAGAUGGAUAAACUCUUCUAUUUGUAAAAGAAAGGUUUAAGAAAGGUCUGGCAAAACUGAGAUAAGCUUCAAUGUCCUUUUUGUUCAGCAGCCAUACAGGCCGUUUUUGCCCAGUGUCUUUCUUUUGGUGGAGUCUUGAACACUGACCUUAACUGAGGCAUGUGAGGCCUGCAGUUCAUUGGAUGUUGUUGUGGGGUAUUUUGUGACCUCUAGAUGAGUAAUCGCUGCGCUCUUGGGGUCAUUUUGGUUGGCCGGCCACU